AUUAUGCUGUUUAAAUUCAGUAUUUUUUGUGUGUUAUUCUCAAUGCCGAUGUUUUAUUAGGGAUAUAAGGCAUUGAUAAACAUAUUAACAGUUACAAAGUGUGAAGGUAUGGCUUUGUUUUACUUCAAAUGUUAUGUUUUCAACUCAUCUGGUGCUUGUUAAACCUGUUUUUUCAUUAUAAGCUAUUCAUACUUGACACUGAAUAACAUUUCCACAGUCUGAACCAGAAAUUCAAAUGUGAAUGGUGAUUCAUAAAAUGUGACGCGUGAUUCAUAUGAAGUGAUGUGUAAACAUCAUCCUGUGAUAAGCAACUUAAUUAAACGUGUUACGGGGCGAAAGCUGUUUUUUAAAAAUGUUUUGUUCAUAGCCCACAGCAGCACGCAUUACUCAAAAUAAAAUGUUCUUGUGUUUCUUUCCUCAAUGAUCCUACAGAUGUUGCACUCGACAGAAUAUUUAUUUAUGUUUCGUUAGUGCUAUCCAUUUGUUUGCAGUACUUUAAGCUGCUUUGAGAUUUUAUGGUUCAGAUCCAGAGCUGUUUUAAAUGUCCCUCUCUUAGCUGAAGGAUUAACUGUUGACUUACCAUUACGGUUAUGAUGCCUGAAUCUCUUACUGACCAAAGGGCACGGGGCCAGUCACUCGCUCUGAGACACAAAUGAAAAGAACAGCUGAAGUUGUAGUGAGGUCUCCUUUGAGCUGUCAAAGUAGAAAAAUUAACUUUCUGGCCAGAUGGCAACCACAGAGCUCUACACAAAGGGGGCAAGUGUGUGGGUGCCAGACCCAGAAGCUGUGUGGGUGUCUGCCCAGCUGCUUCAAGACUACCGUCCUGGAGACCAGCACAUACGAAUCCAACUCAAUGAUGGCAGAGAGAUGGAGUAUCCAGUGUUGCCUCCAGCGGGUCUUCCUCCUCUAGGUAACCCUGAUAUUUUGGAGGGAGAGAAUGACCUCACAGCUCUAACCUUCCUCCAUGAGCCAGCGGUACUUCACAACUUGCGUGUGCGCUUUCUCGACUACAGUAGCAUUUAUACUUACUGCGGGAUUGUGUUGGUGGCGUUAAAUCCAUAUGAACAGUUGCCCAUUUAUGGAGAGGAAGUGAUCGACGCUUACAGCGGCCAGGACAUGGCUGAUAUGGAGCCACACAUUUUUUCUGUGGCUGAAGAGGCAUACCGAACUAUGAUCAGAGAGGAGAAAAACCAAUCCAUCAUAAUCAGUGGAGAAUCAGGCUCAGGUAAAACUGUAUCUGCUAAGUUCACCAUGCGUUACUUUGCUGUCGUGGGUGGUGCGUCCCAGCAGACCAGUGUGGAGGAGAAAGUGCUGGCAUCAAAUCCCAUCAUGGAGGCAAUUGGUAAUGCAAAAACGACCAGAAACGACAAUAGCAGUUGUUUUGGGAAGUAUAUCGAGAUAGGAUUUGGACAUAAAGGGGAUAUCAUUGGGGCAAACAUGAGGACCUGCUUGUUGGAGAAAUCAAGAGUUGUUUUUCAGGCAGCUCAAGAGAGAAACUACCACAUCUUCUACCAGCUUUGUGCUUCCAGGGAUUUGCCAGAGCUGAGGACACUCAAACUUGAUUCUGCAGAGAACUUUCAUUACACCAACCAAGGACAAGAUGUGCACAUUUUUGGCACAGAUGAUGUGGUUGAGCUACAGCGGACAAGAAAUGCCUUUACUAUUCUUGGAGUGCAACCUGACCAGCAGAUGGAGAUAUUUCGUAUACUGGCAGCUAUUCUUCAUCUGGGGAAUAUCAACAUACAAGCCAGUGGCCGUGGUGGGGAUCGCAGCUACAUUGAUGUCAACGACCGUUCCUUGGCCAUCUUUGCCAAGCUUUUAGGGGUUGAAGGUGCUCAGAUGGCCCAAUGGCUUUGCCACAGGCGAUUGGCAGUGGGUGGGGAAAUGCUUGUGAAGCCCAUUACAGGUCAGCAGGCUAAUGAAGCAAGGGAUGCUCUGGCUAAGCAUGUGUAUGAGCAACUGUUCACUUGGACAGUGCAGAGGCUCAACUCAUCCUUAAAAGCGCAACGGGAACAGCCCAAAUCUUUCACAGGAGUUCUUGAUAUCUAUGGGUUUGAGACUUUUGACAGGAAUAGUUUUGAGCAAUUCUGUAUUAACUACGCAAAUGAGAAACUCCAACAGCAGUUCAACAGGCACGUGUUUCAGCUGGAGCAGGAGGAGUAUCUGCGAGAGGAACUUCCCUGGAACCGUAUUGAGUUCAGUGAUAACCAGCCAUGCAUUGUGCUCAUCGAAGGUCAGCUGGGCCUACUUGAUCUUCUGGAUGAAGAAUGCAGAAUGCCUAAAGGCUCAGAUGAGAACUGGGCUCGGAAGCUUUACGACCAGCACCUGAACCACAGCCCUCACUUUCGUAAACCACGCAUGUCCAACUCUGCCUUCAUCAUUGUGCAUUUUGCUGAUAUGGUCCAGUACGAGUGUGACGGCUUUUUAGACAAGAACCGAGACACUGUAUUCGAGGAGCCCAUCAAUAUACUGAGAGCUAGUCAGUCAGAACUAGUUGCCGAGUUGUUUCAGAAGGAGUCAGCAGGUGGAUCCCUCCCCAACUCCUCUAUUGCAAACGGGAGCGUACGUUCAGGGAAGAGAGCUCACCGAGAGCACAAAUUAACUGUGGGCUUUCAGUUUCGUCAAUCCCUGCAACUUUUAAUGGACACCUUGAACAGCACCACACCGCAUUAUGUCCGCUGCAUAAAGUCCAAUGACCUCAAAAAGCCAUUUCUUUUUGAUCCCAAGCGAGCAGUGCAGCAAUUGCGUGCAUGUGGAGUCUUGGAGACCAUCCGAAUCAGUGCCGCAGGCUACCCCUCCAGGUGGACAUACGAGGAAUUCUACACUCGUUAUCGGGUGCUGCUACAUGGUUCUCUUUCUAAAGAUGAUAUGCGCUGUUCCUGUCAGAGUGCCCUUCCUGAUCUCAUUCCUGAUCCAGAGCAGUACUGCUUUGGCAAGACCAAGGUCUUCUUCCGGGCCGGACAGGUUGCAGUACUGGAGAAGCUGAGGGGGGAUCGGCUACAUGCAGCAGGCGUUUUGAUCCAAAGCUGGGUGAGAGGAUGGCUGCAGCAUAGGCAUUAUCAGCGGCUCCGGUGGGCCACCUUCAUCCUGCAGCGGUACAUCAGAGGAACCCUGGCCCGAAGGUUGGCGUGGAGCCUCCGUUACACACGUGCAGCUUUAAUCAUCCAGAAAACAUACCGCAUGCUGGCUGUGCGACAGCUUUAUCUCACUAUCAGAGAGGCCACCAUCAAAAUCCAGGCCUUCAUCAGAGGCACUCAGGCUCGUCGGAUUUAUAGACAGAUGCUGACAGAGCGGGCGGUGGUGUUCUUGCAGGCGCGGGUGAGGGGCUGGCUGGCCCGGUGCAGUUUCAGACGCGUCAGAGCUGCAGUGCUGCUCAUGCAGUGCUGUGUGCGCAGGCGAGCGGCGCGAAAAGAGCUGUUGCGCCUGCGUGCUGAGGCUCGAUCAGUGGAGAAAUACAGAGAACUCAAUAAAGGCAUGGAAGUCAAACUCAUGCAGCUGCAGCUCCGAGCCGACCAACAGGCGAGAGAGAGUGCGUCUCUGAGGGAGACUCUUCAGUCCGAGCGAGAGGCUCACAGCUGUGAGCUAGAACAGCUGCGGUCCAGCCUCCUCAAACUCCAGAUCCAGCUGCAGGAGAAUGCAAAUACUGCUCCUUCACUCACAGACAAACAGGAGGAGGACAGGAGGAGAGCUGAGGAGAAAGCAGCUCAAGAGAUCCUCCAGCUUACACAGGAAAUCCAAGCUCUCCGAGUCGAGAGAUCUUUGGAGAAAGAGAGGGAUGAUCUGGCCAUUCGUUUACAGGAUCAGGAAAAAGCUCUGGAGGAGAACCAUCAACAGACUGUGAAUCAGGCAGAUGCAUCGGUGCGAGCAGAGCUGGAAGAGGAGAGGAGGAGAUACCAGAGUUUACUGAGAGAGUUCACAAGACUAGAGCAAAGAUACGACAACCUGCGGGAUAUGAGUGUAUUUACAACCAAUGAGCGCUCACGUGGACACAGACGAACAGAUUCGGCUGUGUCUUUGGAGCCUCCUUCACCCGUCACCACACCGUUCUCCAGCUCGCCCGUCUUCCCUUCACCUGAGGAGGUCCGGAGGAUCAGCGUGACGUCGCCCACCGACAGGAGACCCUGGAGAGAUGAGCAACCUCUGAACAUCCUGAUGGAGGACAUGAGCAUUGCGAAGGACACUGCUGAAAGAAUGAAGGGGGAGGAUCUCAGAUACGCUUACGACGCUGUACGGGUGGCCAACAAGUUCCUAGAGAGGCAGCUGUUGUCUCAGAGAGCGCAGUGGGAGCAGGAGAUAUCAGAUCUCAGGAUGAAACUCCAGCAUUCUUUAUGUGUGUUUAUGAAGGACCUAACAGAGCUGGUGAUGGUUCAAGAGCAGGAAUGUGUCCGGUUGCGACGGGAACUCAAGGAACUGAAACACACCGUGAGCCUCAGGAGAAUCCUGUCUUAUGCAGGUGUGGCCAUAGCAGCGUCCCAGGACGCAACAUCUCCUGCCCCUCAGAAGAGCCAGAUGCUCACCGGACUGCUGGAGUGCAGGAAGAAAGAUGAGAGCAAGCUGAUCAAACACCUCAUAACCGAUGUGAGGGCAGAAGGUGUCUUGUCUCUGCCCCCUGGACUGGCGGCUCGGGUUCUGUUUCUGUGUGUACGGCAGGCGGACUGCAGCGGUGAUCAGACGCGGGUGAAGGGGCUCUGCAGCGCUACUGUGAGCGCCAUUAAAACCACCCUGAAGAAACAUGGCAAUGAUCUGGACGUGACGGCUGUGUGGCUGAAGAACGCUUACCUGCUGAAAGACUUUCUCAGCCAGCACUCUCCCCGACGGGUCACACAUCUGAACGUCAGCUCUUACUUUAUUUCUUAUGCAGAAAUUACUUUAAAUGGAAAUAUGCCUCUUCUCCUGCAGGACGUGAGGGGCUCAGAGGAGCUGGUUCCUCUGGUGACGGACGUGCAGGACUCUGUCCGGGUGCUCAGUGAUCUGUGUAUUCAGGACAAUCAGCAGCUGCUGUCCAUCUCUGAGAGUCGCCUGCAAUCCAUCAUUAUCCCAGCAAUGCUUGAAAGUGAGACCAUUCCUGGUCUGGCUUGAUAUUUUGUGAUUAUGAGUUGAUGUUGUGUGAUUGAUGUUUUAGACUUAUGACCUACAGCCAGUACGGAGGGAGCGACUAUGUCAGCGGUCCUGAGGGAACUGUCAGCGCUGCACACAGCCCUGUCCCGUCAGGAUCUGCCCUCGGCCCUGCAGGAGCAAGCCUUCCAUCAGCUCAUGUUGCUGGCCGCCUCCACCCUCAACAGCCUGCUGCUGCGCUAGGACAUGUGCUGCUGGAACCGCGGCCUGCAGAUCAGAUAUAAUGUGAGUUUACUGGAGGAGUGGCUGCGCAGUCGUUCGCUGCAGACAGGGGGCGCUGUGACCGCGCUGGAGCCGCUCAUACAGGCAGCACAGCUUCUUCAAAUGAGCAAGACUGAAGCUGAUGGACAAGCCAUGGCCCAAGCCUGCAAUGCGCUGUCCAACCAGCAGGUGGUGAAGAUUUUAAGCCUCUAUACACCUCAGAGUGACCUUGAGGAGAGAGUAACGCUCAAUUUCAUCCGUAUAGUGCAGGGGCUGCUGAAGGGGCGUUCUGAGGGGCAACCUCCACAGCUUCUGAUGGAUGUCAGGCGCGUAUUCCCCGUCACGUUCCCUUAUCUGCCUCCACCACAAGCCAGUGCCGCCCAGCUGGAGAUCCCAGAGUCCCUCAAGAUCUCCUUCCUACGCAGAGUCUGAAUGUGGGUGUUCCUUUGCCUCCUGAAAUGCAUUUUUUUUUUUUUUUGCCUUUGUUGCCUUACAACAUCACUUUAAAAUGUUAUCUGGGCAUUUUGUGUAUGGCAUGCUAAUUUUAGGCACAGAAUGUAGAAUUGUGUUAGCUUGAAAAAUCCAAGAUUUUCUCCCUCCUUUAAAAACACUUUUUAAUGUACAUUUUAAAUGUACAUGUCAGGCCAAAUAAAAUAAAAUUUUGCCUUCAUGAACCUUCCUCAUUUUUGA